AGAAUAUUCCCACGAGACUAGCAAGCUUUUCUUGCCGCUUUUAUAUAUUGCGUUGAAUUCUCACGUCAUUGCGAUUUAAUUCACGCCUUUUCACUUUUAGCAUUUCGCGAAGGGUCUAGGUCAAAUCGCCUUGGAGAUUUCCUUAGCCAAUCCAGUUCAUCCGUGCUCGUUGCUUGUUAGUAAUACCUUCAUUAUGGCGGAACAGCGAGCACCGCCACGAAAUCAUGCAGCGGCGCGUGCUGUCCAUGAUGAUGAAGCGAAAGAAACGGCAUCAGAUCAAUCAAGCCGCGGGGACCAUGAAACAGAACAGACCGAGGCCCUUGAUCCUGUUACUGGUAAAGAGAUUCACGAGCUACCGGAUGACAAGAUAGAGAUUACGGAGGAGGAUUGUAUGGAUGAACUCGGGUACAGCUUUCCCGAAUGGAAGAAAUGGGUUAUCUUGACAGUCAUCUUCUGGAUCCAGGUUUCGAUGAAUUUCAACACCAGUUUAUACUCGAAUGGUAUCACGGGUAUUUCAGAGCAUUUCCAUGUUAGUGCACAAGCGGCUAGAUGUGGCGCCAUGAUCUUUCUGGUUGCCUAUGCCUUCGGCUGCGAGCUUUGGGCGCCAUGGUCAGAGGAACUUGGUCGAAAGCCAAUUCUCCAACUCAGCUUGUUCUUGGUCAACGUUUGGCAGCUUCCUGUGGCGCUGGCUCCAAAUUUUGGCAGCCUCCUGGUUGGUCGAUUCCUGGGUGGAUUGUCCAGCGCAGGUGGUUCGGUGACCUUGGGAAUGAUUGCAGACAUGUGGGACUCUGAGCAUCAGCAGUACGCAGUCGCCUACGUUGUCUUCUCUUCCGUUGGAGGAUCAGCACUUGGCCCUGUGGUUGGUGGCUUUGUCGAGAAAUUCUGCUCCUGGCGAUGGACAAUCUGGAUCCAGCUCAUAUUCGGCGGCGUUGUACAGCUGGUCCAUCUGAUUUUUGUUCCCGAAACACGAUCGACCGUGUUGAUGGACAGGAUUGCGAAGAAGAGGAGAAAGACUGGCGUGCAGCCAAACGUGUACGGGCCAAACGAACUUACGCCCUGGAAGGAACGAUUCUCUGUCCGGGAGAUUCUGGUCACCUGGAUUCGUCCUUUCAGGAUGUUUCUGACGGAGCCGAUCGUGCUGACUCUAUCACUCCUCAGUGGGUUCAGCGACGCUCUCAUUUUCAUGUUUCUGCAAUCCUACAGCCUUGUGUACAAGCAAUGGGGUUUCGACUCUCUGACGCUUGGUCUUGCCUUCAUCCCAAUCCUCAUCGGCUACUUCAUCGCCUGGCUUUCGUUCAUCCCAGCAAUCAAGCGAAACAUAAAAGAACGCCGAGAAAAGCCGGAUGAUGAAAUUGCACAGUACGAGUCUCGUUUGUGGUGGCUUUUGUACACAGCACCCUGCCUGCCCAUUGGUCUAUUUAUUUUCGCGUGGACCACGCAAGGACCGCCGAUUCACUGGAUAGGCAGCAUGAUAGCUUCUGCCAUCAUUGGUAUCGCAAACUAUGCGAUUUAUAUGGCGACGAUCGAUUAUAUGAUCUGCGCAUAUGGUCCGUAUUCUGCAUCGGCAACUGGAGGCAAUGGAUGGUCGCGUGACUUCCUUGCUGGUGUUCUCACUCUUCCCGCGGUACCGUUUUACUCGAACAUUGGUGAUAAACCAUUGCAGUACGCUUCUACAAUCCUAGCAUGCAUAGCUUCUCUUCUUGUUGCUGCGGUGUACGUCAUUUAUUGGAAAGGUCCUGUUCUUAGGAAGCGCUCCCCAUUCGCAGAACAGCUUAGCAAUGCUCGUAAGAACCCCGAAGGUGGUAGCAGGAGAGUUAGCAUGAUUUCUGGCGCAUACGGCAGCCGAAGACAAAGCUACGCCACACCAAACAGCAGAAGAGGCAGUCUGGCGCUUCCUGGAAGUCGAUCAAGCAGCGUGGCAGGAGGUGGGCGCGGUGCGGCGCAGGAGAAAGCUCGUCAGAGAGCUUUGCAAGCUAAUCGCGACAUUGCUGACGAGGAAAAAGGCCAACACCCUAUGUAGACAUUCAGCGUCACAGCAUAUAUCAAACUUGGACUUUUGUAAUUUAUCAAAUUGUUAGUCGUAAAUGGCAUGAUGUCAUAUGAAAAUAUCCACAGAGUGGUUCCAUUAUA